GGGAGUCGCGAGUGCGCUCGAGGCUGGUUAGGCGUAUAGAGGUUUUAUGUUUGGUGGGAGAAUAUCGUCAAGAAAAUGACAGAAGAGUCGGCUGUUAAAGUUUGCGUUCGCGUCCGUCCACUUGUUGCGAGGGAGAAAAAUGCUGCAUCAGAGAAUGCAGAGCCUGUCCAGCUGUUUUGGAAAACUGAUAAGAAAUCAAUUCAUCAGAUUGAUGAAGGAAAUUCCACCAAGAGUUUUAGUUUUGACAGAGUGUUCACUGCCGAAGAAACAACUAAUCAGCUCUACCAGAAUAUUGCAAAGCCUCUGGUUGUUUCCACAGUUGAAGGAUACAAUGGAACUAUAUUUGCUUAUGGGCAAACUUCAUCUGGAAAGACUUUUACCAUGAUGGGGAGUGACCAUAUCCCUGGAGUGAUACCUCUGGCUGUUGAUGACGUCUUCCAAACCAUUAAAACUUAUCCAAAGAAGGAGUUUCUUCUCAGGGUGUCCUACAUGGAAAUCUACAAUGAGACCGUGACCGAUCUGCUUGUUGACAGCUGGAAGAGAAAACCCCUGGAAAUACGAGAGACAAUCAAUAAAAACAUCUAUGUGGCUGAUCUGACUGAAGAGCUUGUUACAUCUCCUGCACAAGCCCUGGCUUGGAUUCGGAAAGGAGAAAAAAACCGCCACUAUGGAAAGACAAAAAUGAACCAGAGGAGCAGCCGCUCACAUACAAUUUUCCGCAUGAUCCUAGAGAGCAGGGAAAAGAGCGACCCAGUAACUGGUGAAAAUGCUGAUGGAGCCAUCAUUGUGUCUCACUUGAACUUGGUUGAUCUCGCUGGAUCUGAGAGAGCAAGUCAAACAGGAGCAGAAGGUGCACGUUUCAAAGAAGGUUGCAAUAUCAAUCGCAGUCUGUUCACACUGGCUCAAGUGAUCAAGAAACUCACUGAUGAAAACCAGAAGGGUUUCACAAACUACAGAGACAGCAAGCUGACCCGUAUCCUACAGAACUCUUUGGGUGGAAAUGCUAAAACUGUCAUCAUCUGCACCAUCACAGCUGCUACUCUAGAUGAGACACUCAGCACUUUGCAAUUUGCCAGCACAGCAAAGAAAAUGAAAAAUGACCCUCAUGUGACGGAGGUGUCAGACGAUGGGGCUCUGCUCAAAAGGUAUCGCAAUGAAAUUGUAGACCUCAAGCGACGCCUUCACGAGGUUUCCUCAGUCACAAAGACCACAGCAACAGAGAAGGAGGUUCUCUCCCAGCUUCUCCAAGAAAAGGAUCAGCUCCAGAGAGAACAAGAGGACAGGAUUAGAAACCUGACCAAACUGCUUGUGACCAGCUCAAACCUGGUCCCUGUACAAAAGAUGCGUAAACGUAGGGUUACUUGGGGAGGAAAAGUGCUCAGACUUGCCCGUCCAUCUACCUGUGGCGAUGGCUCGUCGGACCUCAGCUUUGCAGAACAUGGGGCUUGGAAGAGGAAAGCAGACUCCUGUUUGAUGGAGCUGGGUGAAGAUGAUGAGGACUUUGACUCUCACUGGGGGAUUCCUGAUGAGCCGUCAGAUGAAAUGGAGAUAAGUCCGAGCUCUGUGACAGUUCGAAGCUUUGGAGACAGUCCCAGAGACUUUGUGUCUCCUGAUCAGAUGCAUGAGCUUGCAGGGAAAGUGUCCAACCUGGAGAUGCAGCUGGAAAUGGAGAGUCAGCAGAAAGAGGAGGCCAUUGCAAAGGUGGAAACGUUAGAUUGCCAAGUGACAGAACUGCAGCUACAACUUGAAACAGAGGCUCACCAGAAACAGGAGACUUUGGAGAAAAUGCACACAGCAGAACAAAGGGCAGCUGAGCUUGAGCUGCAGCUGGAAACUGAAACUCAGCAGAAGCUGGAAGCCAUGGAGAAGGUGGAGAUGUUGGAGUUCAGAGUAGCAGACUUGGAGAGACAGCCGGAAGAACAAAGCCAAUCUCAGACUGAAACAGAUGGACAGAUGAGAGAAGAGUUUGCGGAGACCAUCCAGCUGUGUGAAACUUUGGCUUCAGAGAAGGACAUGGUGACUGUUGAGCGAGACUAUCUGAAACAGGAGCUGGGGAUGUUCAUAGAGCAGACUGAAACUCUGGAGAAGGAGAAAGCUGCUUUGUCUCAGGAACUGGAGGAGAAGAGGGAGAUGGAUGAGUUCAAAUCUCUGGAGGAGGAGAUCAGGAGGGAGAGUGAGAACGAAUUGCAAAAUGAAAUAUCCAGCUUGAAAAAAGCUAUCAAAGCCUCUGAACUCCAGUGCAUGGAACUUCAGAACAAAUUAGAAUUGAUGUCUGAACAGCUGAAGAACAAAACUGAAUUUGCAGAAGAACUUCAGAAUAUGAAUGGUAAAGACUUGGUGCAGGAGGUGGCGAAGCUUCGUCGCUCUCUGGAUGAUGCAGAGGGACUCAGCAGAGACACAAAGAAGGAAUGGGCUCUGCUCCGCAGUCAAAAAAUUGCUCUGGAGGAGACGAAUGUGACCCUGACCGACAAUCAUGAAAGGAUGAAAGCUGAGGUGAACAGCUUGCGUUUUCAACUUGAAACGGAGAAGUCACGCUACAAAAAGAUGCAGACAGAUCUCCAAAAAGAGCUGAAUGUUGCGUUUGACGAAAACACCAAGCUCACCACUCUGCUGGAUGGCAAAGUCCCUAAACAUCUGAUAGACAGUGUGGAGCUUGAGAGAACAGUGACCAGUCUGAAUAAAGAGCUGACAGCGUCUCAUGAAGCAGAGGAAGCUCUCAGAGCUCAGCUGGAAGAACUCGCUUCAUUUAAGACUCUUCCUGAUCAGGUGGACAGCUUGAUGAAGCAGGUGUGUGAGUUGACUGAGGAGCUGCAUGCUGUUAAAACUCAGAAGAACAACCUGCUCUCACUUCAAGAUCAAUGUCAGGAGGAGGCUCUGCAGCUUAGAAACUCCUUGCAGAUGUCUCAGGAUGAGGUUCUGAAAUAUCAAGAAGAUCUUAGCGCCGCUGCACUGAGAGAGACUGAGCUGAACCAUCAGUGUGCUGAAGUAACACAGCAGCUGGAUUCAGUUCGCUCAGACCUGGAGCAAUCUGAAGUUGAGAGGAGUCAGCUUGUGGUCUCAAUGGAAGAGAGAAGCUUGAAGCUUGAAGAGAGCAACCAGCUCAGAGUAUCACUGGAAGGAAAACUGAACGAGAUGCAGCAACUGAUAAAGGAUUUGGAGGAGAAGUUUGCUGACAGUGAGGUUUCCAGAACCACAGAGGAAGAGAUCAACAAAGAACUUCAAGAACAACUGAACCAGCUGAAUGAAGAGCUUCAGCGUAUUCAAGUUGAGAAAGACGCUCUCCUGUCUGAGCAGAGUUCUGGUGUUGAGACCUCUUCAGAGGAGACGGAGAAGCUGCUUUCUACUGUAACAUCUCUGACUGCAGAGAGAGACGAGAUCAGGAUGAACCUGCAGGACCAUGAGGAGAAGGCUAAUAUGACAGAAAUUCUUCUCGAGUCUCUUCAAAAUGAACUCCAAGAGCAAAAGCAGAAGUACUCUGAUCUGAUUCAACUUCAUGAACAGAAAGAGUCUGAUAUGUGUGAACAUAUGCUGAGACUAACACAGGAGCUACAGUGUGAGCGAGAUGAGAAAGAGACUCUCAAAAUAGCCGGUGCUCAGAGCUCUCCAGACGAGGUGGAAAAGCUGCUCUCUUCUGUGGCUUCUCUCACUGCAGAGAGAGACCAACUCAAGCUGGAUCUGCAGGAGAAUGUGGAGAUGAUGAUUGAGAAUCAAGAGGAACUGAGGGCAGUCCUGGAGAAGAAUCACAAGCAGAAAGAACAGAUCAAACAGCUGGAGACUGCACAGACAUCCAAACUGGAUGGGCCUCCAAGUCAUAUGAGUGCACAUCUGGAGGAACUGCAAACCCGUAUGCAGUGUGAGCUGCAGGAGCAACAGCAGCUCAGUUCUGAACCACAGUCACUGAAAGAAGAGCAGGAAGCUCAACGACUUCUGCAGAUCCAACAGCUGGAGGAGCAUCUGGAGAGGACUAAAGAGGAGGUCGCCCAGUUGAAGUCUGACCUUCAAGAAAAUAUAGAACUGAUGAUCGAGAACCAGGAGGAGCUGAGAGUGUCUCAGGAGAAGAUCGGAGCCCUACAGGAGGAGAUCACCAUGCUGAGAAGUCUAAAGGCAGAGCUGGAGAGCAGAGCAAGCAGUGGGAAUGAUACAGAGAAUAUUCACCACUUACAGGAGCUUAAAGACCAGAUUCAGAGGCUGACGGAGGAGUUUGAGAGUGUGCAAGCAGAGAGAGACAGUCUGCUGUCUGAGAAGGAAACCAACACUAAGACCUCUGCAGAGGAGAUGGAGAAGCUGCUGUGCAGAGUGAUGUCUCUCAGUGAGGAGAGAGAUCAGCUGCAGGAGAUUCUGGAGGGACUGAGACUUGAGAAGAAGCAGCUCAGCGCAAGGCUGGAGGACAAAAUGGAAUCACUACAGACUGAGACUGCACAGCUGAAUACCUCCCUGCAGACUGUUAUUGAACACAAGAAACAGAUGGAGGAUGAUCUGCAGGAGAACAUGAAUGUGCUGUCUUCAACACAAGAGCUUCUGAAGUCAGUCCAAGAGGAGCUGCAUCAGCAGAAGAACCUGAACUCUGAUCUGGAGAAAUUAAAUCAGGAGAAAGAGGCCUCUUUGGAACAGCAGAUAAGCAAUCUGGCUGUGAAACUGGAGAGCGCUGAGGCUGAGAGAAACCGUCUUCUCUCUGAGCAGCACACCAGCCAUCAGACCUCCACAGAGGAGAUGGCGCAGCUACUGUGCAAAGUAACGUCUCUCACUGAGGAGAGAGAUCAGCUGCAGGAGAUUCUGGAGGGGCUGGAGCAGGAGAAGAAGCAGCUAAGAGCAGAGCUAGAGGACAAGAUGGAAUCACUGCAGACUGAGAUGAGAAUGUUAACGGAGAAACUGCAGAUCAUUAAAGCGGAGAGAGACAGCCUGCUUUCUGAGAAGGAAUCCAACUGUCAGACCUCCACAGAGGAGACGGAGAAGCUGCUGUGCAGAGUGACGUCUCUCACUGAGGAGAGAGAUCAGCUGCAAGAGAUUCUGGAGGGACUGAAGGAGGAGAAGAAGCAGCUCAGUGCACUGCUGGAGGAGAGAACGGAGAUGAUCUCAGCCAUCCAGACAAAGCUGAACCAGCAGGAGCAGUUGAUCGUGUUGCAUCAGUCUGAGAGCGAAGAACGGGAAGUGAAGCUGCAACAAGAAGUGCAGCAGCUCGAGGGACAAAUGCAAAUGUACAGGGAGAGACAAGCUCAUGCCAACGCUGAAGCAGACGCCUCACAGCAGCUGCUCAGUAAAGCAAACGCAACCAUCGCGGCCCUCAAAGAGCAGUUCAGCGCCUCAGAGCAAAGCACCAGUGAAGUCAAGGAGACGAUGUCAUCACGGCUGCAGAACUCCACUGAACAACUACAGGAGUCCUUUGGAAAAUUCCAGCACUUUAUCGACACUUGUAAGUAUAACUUUGCAGCCCUGGACAAAGCCCUGGGAGUGCAGUGUUACCUGAAGUCUUCCCUGACUUCUCUGCCAAGACCCACCAUGCAUACGUAUGCUGCUGUCCGUCAGCAGGGACUGGCAACUGUCCAGAGUCUAAUAAAAACUCAAGAGCAACUAUAUGUGCGAGCACAGGGCUACAGGAAAAUGUUUGAGGAAUUAGUGAAUAAAGAUUUGGCCGUGUUUGAGGAGAGGCAGGUGCAGGACAUGCUGCUGUGCAGAGCACAGGCGCCCACCUACUCUGUGAAAGACGAGGACCACACGCUACGGGAACACAGGCUGCCUGAGCUGCUGGACAAGAGGCAGCUUUACCUGCGGAAAAUGACCAGCAUUUUGGAGAAGCUCGGGGCCAACAUGGCUUCCCACCUCAGUAAGCGGACAGCUGAGAUCCAGGAGAGAGAGAAGUUCAAGGAGCAGCUGCAGACACUGAUGACCAACCAGCCAGUUAGCUUCAGCGGGCUGGACGACAUCCUGAACCAAGAGCUGGACCGCAGAUCUGCAGUGACACAAAGCUGGAAGAUGCUUCUGCAGGGAAUCAAUGAUGAGCAGAACAGUCUGUUUGAAGAGCUGAAGCAGCUGGAGGCUCAGACUGAUUCUCAGAUGAGAGAGGAGAAAAGCAAAAGUUCCACUCUGCUGCAGGCACUGGAGGGAACUCAUCUGAAAACAGAGCUCUCCUUGCUGAAGGACAACCAGCAACUUGUUCUGCUGCUGCAGCAAGCAGAAGACGAAGUCAAAACUCUGCAUGCAAAAAAUGAGCAGCUGGAAGAUGCUCAGAUCAAAGCCAACAACAGGGUGUCCACCCAUAAACAAGCUACCCAGCUCCUGCAGACUGAACUACAGGACAGCCGUGCCAUAGUGGAGGAGACAGAAAGCACAAUACAAACCCUUAAAAGCAAAUUACGGGAGUCUGAGAAAAAAGCAUCACCCACUGAAGUCGAAAUGGAAAAACUUGAGGCCAAACUGGUGAAAAUGGAGGUGAAGCUCAGUUCAGCAUCAGUUGAGCACCAACAAAAGAUCAAGAGGAUGACCACACUGUUGAAUGAAAAAGAAAACUCACUGAGGAAGCUGAAGGAGACUUUAAGGAGAUCACAACAGCAAGGAGAAGAAUCAUUCCUGCAGGGUAAAGAGCUUCAUGCAAGACUGACCAACCCCAGAGGUUUGGUGAUCAAGAGCAGCAUCCAGCUGGAGAAGAUAAAGCUGGAGGAGGAAGUCAAAGAGCUUAGACUGAAAAUCAUCGAGCUGGAGAGCUUGGUGUCCAGUCAGCACGCAGAGAUCAACAAGUGGAAGAGCAGAGCCAUCAAGCUGAAGGUGAAGAGCAAAGCUGAGGUGGACAAACCUUCAUCCCCCUGCACUCCCACCAAGAGAGCAUUUCCCAUGACGUCAGACUCCUCCAAUGUCUUCAGCUCUCCUAAAAAGUUUCUGGUUACUCCCAAGAAGAUCCUGGACUCUCCCAGGAAGGUGUUGGAGUCUCCCAGAAAGCUGCUGGACUCCCCAAAGGUCUCUCUGCUCGACUCUCCUAAAAGCGGAUUCUUUGACAUGGGUGGAAGCUCAGAGCUGCUGUCCAGAACCUGCCCCAAGCAGUUCUUCGAUAAUUCCAGCCUUGGAACCAUUCCAGAUGCAGCUAUGGGUGCAAACAAAAAGGAGGAGUGGUGGCCUCAGUCUCCUAAACAAGAGGAGAUGUGUAAAACCCAGUAAACAUGUUCUCUAUGUGCAAUAUUUUAAAAUGUCUUUUUAGAUUUUCUUGCAGUUGAAAUAAAGCUUCCUUUAAUAAUGUCA